AUGUCUUGCCAACUAGAAGUUUUGUAAACUUGUGUAAGCGCUUUUAUGAUGGGUCUGAUUAAUCAUAAGCAAAUCCCUAAAAAACUAGCUAAGAAAUGCAAAGUGUUUGAUUAUUUAUGCAAGAAAUUCCCUCUCGAUUAAUCCCAAUUAGAAAAUUAUUCCAAGCUGAUUGCUUUUAAUAGCAAUGCAGAAGUAGAAAAAAAAUUUAUUUAAGAUAAUUUGCUUGAUAUUUUGAUAUUCAAUAAAUGUGUAUCAAUUGAUUCCUCAGUUGUCUAACUAAGUAACUCUGGAUCUACAACUCUAUUAGAUUCUUCAGCUGAGUGCAUUUCACCAUAUAUGUUAAGAGUUAAAAAUAACAUGCUAAGUGCUAACCCCUCAGCUAAUGCUCUCUUAAAAAAUGAAUAGACUUUAAUGAAUAUUCCUAUAGUAAAAAGCAUUACUAGUAUACAAGAUUAAUCCUGCAGUAGCAGUGGAGGUAUCCUUGGUUUAAAUUCUGGUUAAGCUUCAAACUAAUUAAAUUCUACUGUUCCAGCUUAAACUGUGUAAUUUGCAAGCAGCAACAAGGCUGAAAACCAGAACAAACCACCUCUUCCUAAUACAAAUCAAAACUAUGCUAUUGGUAACAUGUAAUCUACUUAAGGUAAUUAGUAUAACCUAGGUAUAGAGAUGAAAUCAUAGAAUAAUGGUAAGAGUGCUAAUGCUACAAACAGUCUUGAGCCUCCAAAGAAGCAAGUACCCCUUAUUAAUCUUUAGUCUCCAAUCUAAAACACCAAUCCAUAUCAGGUUCCAUAGACUUAGCGUCCUUCAACACUGUAAACACCAACAAGUGUUAACACUAAACCUACCUUUCCUAGCUAAGAAGAUAUUAAAGUUAAUUAAUUUACUCUUGGAUCAAACAAUAAGCCCAUAGUUUCCACCAAUAAUUAACAAGCAAGCAACAAUAGCAAUAGUAAUAAUAUCAACAAUAACAACAAACAACACUUAAGUAAUAAGCAAACCAGUAACUAAUUCUAUUAUCCUCUCUGUAUUAAACCUAUAAAUUUCAACAUGACAAUGAGCAAUAACAAAGAUUUCACCUAAAACUAUCUUGAAAGCAGCAUUAACCAAGGCAAAAGUAAUACUUCCAUGAACAAUUAUAAGUUGAACUAGUAAUUUAAUAAUACAAUUUAUAACUUGAGCUAAUAAGAUUUAAUUAUCAAAUCAAACCCUCAGCCAGAGAGAGUGAAUAACUUUAACUCAUCUAACUUGCUUUCAAAAGUGAGGAGUAAUCUAGCUAAUUUUAAGGAAGACACAGAAAAAAUUGUGGCUUUAAUUGAAUCUUCUGGUGUUACAGAAUCACACAUUACUCCAAGCAUCAUACAAUCCUAAAAAGCAUAACAAGCUAAUAAAAACAACACAAACAUUAACAUUAAUGUGAACAACAAACCCAUCCAAUACUAAAACACUCACUUAAAUGCUAAUUACUACUAAACAAAUAAUGGAAUUCGUUACUAUACAGAUGUGAAGAGGAAAAGUUACAUGCUAAAAAAUAUGAGUAUCUAUUAACAAAAUAAUGCAGCUUUUAAAAAAAUGAAUGUUUGA